AUGGUUUUACUUACAAUUAUAAAGAAGAUCCAAGAGAAAGAAAAACAUAUGAGAUUUUUAAUAUUAGGGUUGGACAAUGCUGGUAAAACAACCAUAUUGAAAAAGUUAAAUAACGAAGAUACUUCAGAAAUUUCACCCACUUUAGGUUUCAGCAUAAAAACUCUUUGUUAUGAAGGUUACCAACUAAAUUUUUGGGAUGUUGGUGGACAAAAGUCUCUAAGAAGUUACUGGCGAAAUUACUUUGAACAAACCGAUGCUUUAAUUUGGGUUGUAGAUUCCACUGACUUUGAUAGACUUGAAGAUUGUAAAAAGGAGUUGCACAAUUUACUUAAAGAAGAAAGACUUAGUGGCGCUUCUUUACUUAUUCUAGCUAACAAGCAGGAUGUAAAGGGCUCUUUCAGUAAAGAGCAACUGACAAUUAUUUUAGAUCUGCAGAAAAUUAAAACGCAUCACUGGUAUAUACAAGAAUGCAGUGCCGUCACUGGAGAGAAUCUUGUAACUGGGAUUCGGUGGGUCGUAAAAGAUGUCUGUUCCCGAAUCUUUUUGCUUUCAUGAAUAAGAAAAACUUGAAAAUCAAAAAAAAAAAAACAAAAUAAAUUUAUUUUUGCAACUUAUUAUAAAAAAGUGAAAGGACGUCAAAAGGAGAAUUAUCAUUUUUUCUUCCAACCAAAUUGGGAGUCUCUAGUAGUCCAUUUUUCAUUGACCGCCGAAUUAGACGUAACGAA